AUGGGGGUAGACAAGAACAAUGACGAAGGGAAGAUUAUGGAGAAGGGAGCGACAGAAACACCCAUCCAGAACAUGUACAGCUUUUGGUACAUCAAGCGCAGCACUGGCAACAAGGCCGUCAGCGAGAGCUACGAGAAGAGCAUCAAGGGGCUCGGUGACUUCAAGACGGUCCAGGAUUUUUGGAGGAUUUACAACCACUUGGUGCGGCCGAAUGACCUGCCGAACACCAUGGACUACCACCUUUUCAAGACGGGAAUCAAGCCCAUGUGGGAAGACCCAGCCAACCGACGAGGUGGCAAGUGGAUGGUGCGCCUUCGCAAGGGCAUCGCCUCUCGUUACUGGGAAGAUCUGGUGCUAGCGAUCAUUGGCGAGCAGUUUGACGUGGGAAACGAGAUCUGUGGCGCUGUCAUUUCGAUCCGAUACAACGAGGACAUCAUCUCACUCUGGAACCGCAAUGCUGACAACAACGAAGCGUGCUACCGCAUUCGUGAUACGAUGCGGAAAGUGCUCAACCUACCGCAAUUUGUGGCGUUGGAGUACAAGCGCCACGACACGUCUCUGAACGACAACUCUAGUUUCCGCAAUACGACGCUGUGGCGCUCGGACAAAAACGAUGGCAACAGUCGUGAAGGCUCUUCUAGCGGGGAUCGAACGUCUUCUGGCUCGCGUUACUCCCGCGGCGACAAGUCUUCAGGUCACCAACGAUCAGCUUGGGGCCGUGACAACAAGCGUUCCUUCUACAAGUCCGACAGCGGCGACAACGGCCAUCACCGUAACAGCAGGACCAACGAUGACAAGGGUGAGGGUGACCACUAA